UCUCCCUUGGUCCCAUAAGUAAGUGUAUAAGUGCAGUAUAUUAUUAACCUUUGCAUAUAAAAUUGAAUUGUGGACAACUUCCAUGAGCAUUGGCAAAUAUAUUAAGAAUUUGCAAGAACUAGAAGUAGAAGGCAUACAAUGGUAGUCAAGAUUUCUUCCCUCCUAAUCAUUUGCUGCUUCGUCCUAGUUGUAGUCCUCCACACCAUUCCGCAGGGUCUGGCUUCAAUAAGGAUCCUAGAGGAUAUUCCUCAAAACGGUACGACUAACAAUAAUUCGACUGGAUACAACCAAAGCAAAGGACCAAGCAAAACUGGACUCCAUGGAAGUGAAUCGCCUCAUGCCGGUUCAGCCACUGGCGGUAGUUCUCCUUCUGGGACAGUCGUAAUGCCACCUCCAACCGCAGUCACUAGGGUGGAAUAUGGAUCUGGUGGAAAUGGAAAUAGUCAAGAUGCAGGUGAUGGCGGCGGUGGAGGUGGAAACCAACCAUCCACUCAAUACAACUAUUCCCCACCGGAGCACGAUUAUAGUCCCCCAGACUACAACUAGGUCUAGUUAUAAUUUUAUUGUGCAACAAUGGUGCUGCCCCCGUACCAAGUUGUGUAUGAAGCCAUUUUUCAAUAUAUGUUGCUAAAUUUCUAUGAAUACGAUCGACCUUUUAACUUGCUGGGUACUCUGCGGAGAAUGAGAAUAUGUCAUCACUCCUGGGAU